AACCAACAGGAGAGAUCAGAGUCAGAGAUUCUCAGUGGUCAGUCUUCCCAGAGUCAUCAAACAGACCUGGCCUCCAUAUUCAGUAUGCUUGAAGAGAAAAUUAUGACAUUUGUGAAGAACGAGCUGAAGAUGUUCAAGAGGAUUCUUAGUCCAGAACUCCCAGAAGGCUUUGAGAGUCAGAAGCAGGAUAAGGAAGUGGUGGAUGCUGAAGAUGAGAAGCAGGAGAGCAGUGCCAGAGAGGCUCUGAAGAUCACACUGCACAUCCUGAGGAAAAUGAACCAGAAGGAGCUUGCUGACACACUGGAGAAAUAUUCAGAUGAUCCUGCUGUGAUUUGCCAACGUGAACUCAAAUCUAAUCUAAAGAAGAAGUUUCAAUGUGUAUUUGAGGGGAUCGCUAAACAAGGAAACCCAACACUUCUCAAUAAGAUCUACACAGAGCUCUACAUCACAGAGGGUGGAACAGGAGAGGUCAAUAAUGAACAUGAGCUGAGACAGAUUGAGACAACAACCAGGAAACAAGCAAGACCAGAGACUGCAAUCAAAUGUAACGACAUCUUCAAACCCUUAACUGGACAAGACAAACGUAUCAGAACUGUGCUGACAAAGGGAGUCGCUGGCAUUGGAAAAACAGUCUCUCUGCAGAAGUUCAUUCUGGACUGGGCUGAAGGAAAAGCCAAUCAGGAUGUCCAAUUUAUAUUUUCAUUCCCUUUUCGGGAGCUGAAUUUGAUGAAAGGGGACAAACACACUUUCAUUGAACUUCUUAAUCACUUCUCAAUGGAAACCAAACAAUCAGGAAUCUCCAACUACGACAAGUACAAAGUUCUGUUCAUCUUUGAUGGUCUGGAUGAGUGCCGACUGCCCCUAGACUUCCAGAAGAACAAGAUCUGUUGGGACGUCACAGAGUCAACCUCAGUGGAUGUUCUGCUGACAAAUCUCAUCAAGGGAAAUCUGCUUCCCUCUGCUCUCCUCUGGAUAACUACCCGACCUGCAGCAGCCAAUAAGAUCCCUUCAGGGUGUGUUGACCAGGUAACAGAGGUACGAGGGUUCAAUGACCCACAGAAGGAGGAGUACUUCAGGAAGAGAUUCAGUGAUGAGGACCUGGCCAUCAGAAUCAUCUCACACAUAAAGACAUCGAGGAGCCUCCACCUCAUGUGUCACAUUCCUGUCUUCUGUUGGAUUUCUGCAAUAGUCCUUGAACAAAUUCUGAAACAUAAGACAGAAGAGAUGCCCAAGACUCUGACUGAGAUGUACACACACCUUGUGGUGUUUCAUACCAAACAGAAUAAUGAAAAGUAUCUUGGGAAAGAAGAGACAGGUCCACACUGGAAUAAAGAGAGCAUUCUGUCACUGGGGAAACUGGCUUUUCAACAGCUUGUGAAGGGCAAUCUGAUUUUCUAUGAAGAAGACCUGAAAGAGGCUGGCAUUGAUGUCAAUGAAGCUUCAGUGUACUCAGGAUUGUGCACACAGCUCUUUAAAGAGGAAUGUGGGCUGUACCAGGACAAGGUGUACUGCUUCGUGCAGCUGAGCAUUCAGGAGUUUCUGGCUGCUGUAUAUGUGUUCCUCUCAUUCAUCAACAACAAUGAGAAUGUAAUGGAUGAACUGCAAACAACGUCCAGGAACUUUUCUGUGAGGAUCAAACAAAGGCGUAAAGUUACUGUCUACAAGAGUGCUGUGGAUAAAGCCUUACAAAGUGAGACAGGAAACCUGGACCUUUUCCUCCGCUUCCUUCUGGGCCUCUCACUGGAGUCCAAUCAGAAGCACUUACGAGGUCUACUGACAAAGACAAGAAGCAGCUCACAGAGCCAUGAAGAAACAGUCAAGUACAUCAAGGACAAGAUCAGGGAGAAUCCCUCUCCAGAGAGGAGCAUCAAUCUGUUCCACUGUCUGAAUGAACUGAAUGACCAUUCUCUAGUGGAGGAGAUCCAAAGCUACCUGAGCUCAGGAAGUCUCUCAGAACACAACCUGUCACCUGCACAGUGGUCAGCUCUGGUCUUUGUGUUGCUGACUUCAGAAAAGGAGCUGGAUGUGUUUGACCUGAAGAAAUACUCCAGAUCAGAGGAAGGUCUUCUGAGGAUGCUGCCAGUGGUCAAAGCCUCCAGAGCUGUUCUGCUGUCAGGCUGUGGAGUCACAGAGGAAGGCUGUGCUUCUCUGGUCUCAGCUCUGAGGUCAAACCCCUCACACCUGAGAGAGCUGGACCUGAGUAACAACGACCUGAAGGAUUCAGGAGUGAAGCUGCUCUCUGCUGGACUGGGGAAUCCCCACUGUAAACUGGAGACUCUGAGGCUGUCACGCUGUCUAGUCACAGAGGAAGGCUGUGCUUCUCUGGUCUCAGCUCUGAGGUCAAACCCCUCACACCUGAGAGAGCUGGACCUGAGCUACAAUCACCCAGGAGACUCAGGAGUCAGACUGCUCUCUGCUAGACGGGAGGAUCCACACUGCAGACUGGAGAAACUCAAUGUGGAACAUGGUGGAGAGUACACAAUGAAACCUGGACUUAGAAAAUAUGUCUGUGAUCUCACACUGGACCUAAACACAGUAUACCGACUCCUCUCUCUCUCUGAGGAGAACAGAAAAGUGACACUGAGGUCAGAGGAGCAGCCGUAUCCUGAUGACCCAGAGAGAUUUGAGAACUAUGAACAGGUGCUGUGUAGAGAGGGUCUGACUGGGCGCUGUUACUGGGAGGUAGAGUGGAGUGGGAGAAGGGUUGAUAUAGGAAUGACAUAUAAAGGAAUCAGCAGGAAAGGAAGGGCUAAUGACUUUUGUCUUGGAUACAAUGACACGUCCUGGACUCUUUUCUGCUAUGACAACAGUUACAUUGCCAUUCACAAUAAUAAUCCCAUUGCCAUAGACGUCCGCCCCUCCAGCUUCCACAGAGUAGGAGUGUAUCUGGACUGGCCAGCCGGCACUUUGUCCUUCUACAGAGUCUCCUCUGACACACUGACCCACCUGUACACAUUCACCUCCACAUUCACUGAGCCCCUCUAUCCAGGGUUUAGGGUUUGGUAUGAAGACUCCUCAGUGUCCCUGUGUCAAACACAACAUGAUGUUUCACUCUAAUCAUGGUCAUGUUUAGUAAGACACACUGGAGCAACAAUGUAGAAUAUCUCUCUAGUGUGUUAACCUCUCUAUCCAGGGUGUUUGGUAUGAAUAUCUCUCUAGUGUGUUAACCUCUCUAUCCAGGGUGUUUGGUAUGAAUAUCUCUCUAGUGUGUUAACCUCUCUAUCCAGGGUGUUUGGUAUGAAUAUCUCUCUAGUGUGUUAACCUCUCUAUCCAGGGUGUUUGGUAUGAAUAUCUCUCUAGUGUGUUAACCUCUCUAUCCAGGGUGUUUGGUAUGAAUAUCUCUCUAGUGUGUAAACCUCUCUAUCCAGGGUGUUUGGUAUGAAUAUCUCUCUAGUGUGUUAACCUCUCUAUCCAGGGUGUUUGGUAUGAAUAUCUCUCUAGUGUGUUAACCUCUCUAUCCAGGGUGUUUGGUAUGAAUAUCUCUCUAGUGUGUUAACCUCUCUAUCCAGGGUGUUUGGUAUGAAUAUCUCUCUAGUGUGUUAACCUCUCUAUCCAGGGUAUGACUCCUCUUCAGUGUCCCUGUGUCAAACACAACAUGAUGAUUCAAUCUAUUCUUUUGUGUUUAUUUAACCUUUAUUUAACUAGACAAGUCAGUUAAGAACAAAUUCUUAUUUUGCAAUGACUUCCUUCCCCGGCCCAACCCUCCUCUAACCCAGAUGAUGCUGGGCCAAACCCUCCCCUAACCCAGAUGAUGCUGGGCCAAACCCUCCCCGAACCCAGACGAUGCUGGGCCAAUUGUGUUGCCUUUCCCGAUCGUUAUUGUUUCUGUUGAGAUACAGCCUGGGAACGAACCAGGGUCUGUAGUGACACCUCUAACUCUGAGAUGCUGUGCCUUAGACCGCUGCACCACUCAGGAGCACUUGGGUGUGUUACCUUUGACUUUACCAGUAAUUUACUGAUGUAAUGGAACACUGAUGUAAUGGAACACUGAUGUAAUGGAACACUAAGUGGUCUGAAGGGGAUGCUAUGCUACAUCUGUAUGUUAAACCCUUUACUGGGAUGUUGUGUCUGAGUUUCAUUAGUGGUCUGAAGGGGAUGCUAUGCUACAUCUGUAUGUUAAACCCUUUACUGGGAAGUUGUGUCUGAGUUUCAUUAGUGGUCUGAAGGGGAUGAGAUGCUACAUCUGUAUGUUAAACCCUUUACUGGGAAGUUGUGUCUGAGUUUCAUUAGUGGUCUGAAGGGGAUGAGAUGCCAACAUAUUUAUCUCUCAUACAUCCCACUUAUACUUGGAGCACAGUGUCGACCACAGGCCCUGGAGCAGUGUAGUGCCCUGCUCAACCACACUGUCAUUGGUGUGUGUGUGGUGCAGGUAAGACAUCUUUCUACUGAUAAUUAAUAUUCCUCAUCACUGUCUCUAUUCCCCUGUGGCUCAGUUGGUAGAGCAAGGGGUUAGCAACAUCAGGGUUGUGGGUUUGACUCCCACAGGGGACAAGUACUAAAAUGUAUCACUAACUACUGUGAGUUGUGCUGGAUAAGAGCUUAUGAUGAAUGACUGGAAUAUAUCAUGUAUUUACUUCCUGUUUAUUUCCAUGGUAACAGAAUGUAUCUCUCGAUGUAGCCAUAGUUUUCUUUAUUUCCAUGGUAACAAAAUGUAUCUCUCUUGAUGUAGCCAUUGUAUUUUUGUUUUUUCCAUGGUAACAGAAUGUACAGUUGGAAUCUGAAGUUUACAUACACUUAGGUUGGAGUCAUUAAAACUUGUUUUUCAACCCA